GAGUUGGUUCACGUUGGUGAAUAUAAAGUUGUCUGUAUUUGUGAAGCUUGGUUAAACAAUACAAUCCUUGAUACAGAACUACUCCCAGGUUUCAAUAUUUUUCGUCGGGACAGGACCGGGAGAAUUGGCGGUGGUGUUCAAAUCGCGAUUACAGAAAACAUUUUACACAUUAUAGAAAGUCGGCGUUGUGACCUCGAAAGAGAUGGCAUUGAACUUGCUGUAGUUCAACUCA